AUGGAUGAAAAGAUGCUGAUUUAUGAAUACAUGGAGAACAAAAGCCUGGAUUCUGUUUUGUUCAGUCAAGCAAAAAGGUCUAUGCUGGAUUGGCAAAAGCGUUUCGAGAUUAUUUGUGGGAUUGCUCGAGGACUUCUUUAUCUUCACCAGGAUUCUAGAUUUAGAAUUAUUCAUCGGGAUCUCAAGGCAAGCAAUAUUUUGCUUGAUGGAGAAUUGACCCCGAAGAUUUCGGACUUUGGAAUGGCUAGAAUAUUUGGUAGGGAUCAGACAGAAGCCAAUACCAGAAGAGUUGUGGGAACAUAUGGAUAUAUGUCUCCUGAAUAUGCCAUGGACGGGCUCUUCUCGAUCAAGUCUGAUGUCUUUAGUUUCGGUGUUCUAGUGUUGGAGAUCAUUAGUGGUAAAAAGAACAGGGGAUUUUAUACUCAAACAGCUUGGAAGCUAUGGACAGAAGGAAGUGGGUCGGAAAUAAUUGAUCCCUCCGUUGGGGAUUCAUAUUCCCCCUCCGAGGUGUUGAGAUGCAUGCAAGUUGGACUUUUAUGCGUCCAAGAGCGCGCGGAAGAUAGGCCUACAAUGUCGUCUGUGGUUCUAAUGUUGAGUAGUGAAACUGCAACAAUGCCUCAGCCUAAAAAUCCUGGUUUUUGCCUAGAAAGGAAUAAAAAUCCACUUGAAACAGAUUCUUCCUCUAGCAAGCAAGACCAAUCCUGCACUGUAAACCACGUAACAGUCACAAUGCUGGAUGGUAGGUAG